UUUAAAUUACUGUCUUUGCUGACAAUAACAGAGUAAGUAGUUGUUAACAAAAUACGUUUAUGUGAGUGACCAACCUCUUUGAACUUAUACAAGCGAGCUUCCUGGAUUGCGUCCUUGAUUUUUAUCGAAAUUUCCAUUUAAUUACCAUUCAAUUGCGUUGACAUUUUGAAAGCUUAUAAACACUUUUAACGAAUGCUCGAUACAAGCUGCGCGGUUGGUACGAGCGGUUCAGUUCCCAAAAAGCGCCUUUAAGAAUAAGAUCAUGUCGACCACCGUAACCCAAACCGUGGUGAAGGAGGAGGAAGCUAAGCUGUCGAAAACCCGGGAUGUGAACUGGAUGAAGGUGUUGUUCCAGUUGCAGAUCACCCUAAUGUCCUUAUGCGCGAUUCAUUUUAUUUUAUAUGAUUUACAAUGGAAGACGCUUUUCUUCAUGCUAGCUUUAGUGUUACUAGGACAACUGGGUGUUACAGCUGGGGCACAUAGGCUAUGGGCACAUAAUACGUACAGCGCUGAUGGUAUUCUCAGAGCUUUUCUUAUAUUUUGUCAAACUCUUUCUGGAACCGGUUCCGUAUACGAAUGGGUUCAAUGGCACAGGCUUCACCACAAAUAUUUUCAAACUGAUUUGGACCCAUACAAUCCUUCGAGAGGGUGGUUCUACGCACAGAUUCAGAGCACAACUCUGCACUUAAGUCAAGCGCAAGAGGCAGAACUGAAAAAGAUUGAUAUGAGUGAUCUCGAAAAUGAUAAACUAGUAAUGUGGCAAAAGAAAUACUACAUUGCCCUCUACCUGAUUGUCACCCUUCUGUUGCCAAUCAACGCUCCUGUGGAAUAUUGGGAAGAAGGGCUUUACAGUUCUGUAUUUGUUCUAGGAUUUUUACGAGGUUUUAUUAACCUAAACUUAGCCUGGUUAAUCAACAGUGCCAUAAGAAUUUGGGGAUUAAAAAAAGGAGAAAAAUUCCCAUGUGACACAAAUCUAGUCUUUAUUCUUAACAAAAGCAACUGGCUGGCUUAUCACUACAUCGCUCCUUGGGACUACCAGGUUAGCGAAUACGGACAAUAUGGUAAAGACACAAUCUCAAAGAUCAUCAGGAUAUUCGAGGUACUAGAAUGCGCUUCAACGUUGAAAACCAUCGACAGCGAUACUGUAAGGAAAGCGUUGACAAAUUCUGUUGUCCAGAAGAGGGAUAUCACGGAGUGUCUGGAAGAGCUUUGUGAUUAUUCCCUGAAGGCGCCCGUCUUUUCUUAAUAAGAGAACUCUGUAAUAUAUGCAGUAUACUGUUAAAACUUGUUAGUUUAAUUUUUUACGAUUUAAUAUGCUAUUAUAAUAUUAUUAUUAAAUUAUUUUUCAGAGAUAAGUUAUGUCUGGCUUCCUAGUUAUAUAUUGUUUGUAUGAGCUAAAUAUAAACUAUAUAACGCAUGAGAUUAUGUAGGUAUAUUGCAGACAAAUCCUGUUUAAUAAAUAAUAUAAACAGUUACCUUGAUCCAGUUUAACUAUUACUUUUUUUAUAAAUUGUAAUCCUAUGUCAAAUUAGUGAGAUCAAAAAAUAUAUAAUAUUGAUUUAUAUAAGGUUGAAUAUUCGAAUAAAUGAACUUUGAUAAAAUUAAAGGCAUAUAUCGAGAA